GCCGGCCGCGGGGGUGGAGAUGGAGGCUGCUGGCGGGGGCCGCCCGCGCUGAGACAGGCGGGCCCCGGCCGGCAUGGAGAUCGGGCGCUGCGGGGAGCAGGAGGCCAGCAGGCAGAGUUGUCUAGCGGCUAAUGCUGGGGAUCUUGGAGUCAAGUCACCUGGGUUCCAUUCCUGAAGUUACUACUGACUUCCUGCAUGACCGUGGCCAACUUCUGUUACCUCCCUGUCCCCAUUUCCUCAUCUGUAAAAUGGGGGUGUGAUGAGGUGCUCCGUGUUUGUGAGAUGCACUGUGGAAGUAGAAGGAGCACUGGAAACUGCUGGGCAAUUUGAAGACCACAGUUGAGGGACUGGUGUCCAGCAACAACCCAAACGUCUGGUCUAAGUAUGGCGGCUUGGAGCGGCUGUGCAGGGAUAUGCACAGCAUCCUCUAUCACGGGCUCAUCCACGACAAGGUGUACUGCAGGCAGACAGAUUACUGGCAGUUUGUGAAAGACAUCCGCUGGCUGAGCCCGCACUCUGCUCAUCACGUGGAGAAGUUCAUCAGCCUGCAUGAGGAUGGCCAGCCAAACGCAGAUGGCGUCAGUCGUCGAGCCGUAGCGGAGCUGUGGCUACAGCACAGUCUGCAGUUCCACUGCCUCUCCGCACAGCUGAAACCGCUGCUUGAGAACAGACAGUACAUCAGGAAAUUCUACACAGACGCUGCCUUCCUGCUCAGUGACGCCCACGUCACAGCCAUGUUACAGUGCCUGGAGGCUGUGGAACAGAACAACCCCAGACUUCUGGCUCAGAUUGACACGUCCAUGUUUCUCAGAAGGAGUGAGGCCCCAUUGCCUGUGACGAAGAGUCAAAGCCUGACAGCCCUUCCUGGUUCUGUGUGUAUCCCUCCUAUGGACUAUACACAACACAGGUACUUCGGAUCCUUCUCCAGUCUGCACCAACCAGCCUCCACCAGCACGUCAGACAGGAGACCAGCAAGCUCCUCCGUGUGCAGCAGCACAAGCCAGCCUCUGGAAAAUGCCCCGUACAACGUAUCCCUCUUGCUGCCCGAGGACAGAUCCCCUCUGGGCCAACCUGGCCUCCCCCGGCUCAGUGUUACCUCCCCCAGAGACGACUCCUCUUCAGUCAGCGAGAUGAGCACCAGCACCGUGACCAGCCAGAGCGAGGACCCCUGGGCGGGUAGCCAGGAUGACGCCCAGAGCGACGCCAACGAUGGGCCGGAGUAUCUGGCUAUUGGGAACCUGGGGCGACAGGGCCGGGCCUGUAGCAGCCAGAGCAGCACCAGCAGUAGCAUUACCAACAGCAACAAGAGCAGCAGUUCCAACCUGUUCUCAUCCAGCAGCUCCCAGAAGCCGGAGUCCAUCUCCUCCGUGGAGGACCAGGGUGCGAGCAGUGGCAGCAGGGGGAUGAGCCUCUUGCGCAGGUCCAGCUUUUCAGAGGGGCAGACGUCAACCCCCCAAGGGAUCCUCAAGAGAAGCCAUGCACGCUCGCACUCCGAUACCAACGUGGCCUCUGGGAAAACUCCUGGAGGCCUCAGGGAUAUCACCAUUAUAAUAGAAGAUCCAGUGGCAGAAUCCCAGGGUGACACCUCAAGGGUGAUGGGUCAUGUCUCUGGCUCCACCCAGAGCAGUGAAGUGAGCACGCCCAGCUCCCUCUACAUGGAGUACGAUGCUGGCCAGUACCUGAGUUCGGGGGAAGGGAUGUUCCGAAGACCCUCGGAAGGACAGUCCCUAAUCAGUUACCUGUCUGAGCAGGACUUCGGCAGCUGUGCAGACCUGGAGAAGGAAAACGCUCACUUCAGUAUCUCUGAAUCGCUGAUCGCUGCCAUCGAGCUGAUGAAAUGCAACGUGAUGAACCGGCGGCUGGAGGAGGAGGAAGAGGAGAGUGACAAGGAGAUCCAGGAGCUCAAGCAGAAGAUACGCAUCCGGCGCCAGCAGAUCCGCACCAAACACGUGCUCCCUGCCUACCGGGAGGUGGGCUCAGACAGCUUCGUGGCUACAGACAGUGAGUCCCAGUUCAGCUCCCGUGACUCCAUGUGGCUGUCUGACUCAGGCUCAGCAGAGGACGUGGAGGAGUAUGAGAUAAGAGGGUGCCAGCAGGCUCUGCUCUCUUGUCUCUGUGUUGAUACCCUUUUUCUAUGGCCGGGCCGAGCACUGAAGCGAAAUGUUUUGUCAUCACCAUAUUAUGCAGAUGGUAACGAUGGAUCUAACCUGAUUCAAAUGUCCAAGAACGGCCUGUCAGUGUCAAUGGCUUCCUUGUUUUCAGAUGCGGACAUCAGGCGGGAUGCAGCGUCUAGCAGGAAGUCUUUCCUCUCCUCGGAAUCCAUAUCCCACUCCUUCCUCCAUUCGAACUCAGCGGAGGCCGUGGCCAUGGGCCUGCUGAAGCAGUUUGAAGGGAUGCAGCUCCCAGCUGCUUCUGAACUGGACUGGCUAGUCCCAGAGCAGGAUGCCCCUCAGAAGCUCCUGCCAAUUCCGGACUCUCUGCCCAUCUCGCCUGACGAUGGAGAGCACGCCGACAUCUACAAGCUCCGAAUCCGGGUCCGCGGGAAUCUGGAGUGGGCUCCCCCCCGGCCGCAGAUCAUCUUCAACAUUCACCCAGCCCCAACGAGGAAGGUGGCUGUAGCCAAGCAGAAUUACCGGUGUGCAGGCUGCGGCAUCCGGACGGACCCCGAUUACAUCAAACGGCUGCGGUACUGCGAGUACCUGGGCAAGUACUUCUGCCAGUGCUGCCACGAGAACACCCAGAUGGUCAUUCCCAGCCGCAUCCUGCGUAAGUGGGACUUCAGCAAGUACUGCGUCAGCAACUUCUCCAGGGACCUGCUGAGCAAGAUCUGGAGUGACCCACUCUUCAGCGUGCAGGACCUCAAUGCCGCUCUGUACCGGAAGGUGAAGGCUCUGAAUCAAGUCAGGCUGUUGAGAAUCCAGCUGUUUCACUUGAAGAACAUGUUUAAGACCUGCCGACUAGCUAAAGAGCUCCUGGAUUCCUUUGACUUGGUGCCAGGUCAUUUGACGGAGGAUCUCCACCUCUACUCCUUAAAUGACCUGAAUGCCACUAAGAAGGGGGAGCUAGUUCCCCGCCUGACGGAGCUCAUAAAGGCAGGUACCCUGCACGUUGAGAGAUGCAUGCUGUGCCAAGCCAAAGGCUUCAUCUGUGAGUUCUGUCAAGAGGACGACAUCAUCUUCCCCUUCGAACUGAACAAGUGCAGGACGUGUGAAGAGUGCAAGGCCUGCUAUCACAAAUCCUGCUUCAAAUCGGGCUGCUGCCCCCGGUGUGAGCGCCUGCACGCCAGGAGAGAGCUGCUGGCCAAGCAGAGCAUGGAGUCCUACAUCUCUGACUACGAGGAGGAGGAGCAGCUGCCAGAGGCAGUGGCCGCAACAUGAGUGUGGUGGUGGAGGGGGAAGAGGAGACCAGUGGAUGUAUUUGUGUGUGUGGCCUUCGUCACCAGAGACUAAACUAAGGACUAACCUGACUCUUCCACCGUAAAGGAGCCUGUGGGAGGGCUGUAUCAUGGGAGAUCUCAGAGCAGCUGGCCCUCACGCACUGACGGUAUCGGCUUGGUUUGUUUCAAGAGAGCCGGUUUCGUUUCUCUCUACACGAUGGUGUUGGGGACGGCGGACUCCGGACGCUGGUUCUUGCAGUCGUGACCCUGCCAAGGUGGACACGCUGCUGCCUUCCUUCAGGGUCCGGCGGCGAAUCCUGUCUGUUCCACACUCGGAGCGCAAUGAGCGAUUGUACGCCUGGGUGCUCCACCUGAUCCCUUCGGGAGGAGCUCAGCCAGCAGACUGUGUGUUAGCCAGGAGCUGCGCUGUCCUCCCUGAAGCAGGUUCUUGGGGAGCUCCCACCAGUUAGGAGGUGAAAGCUCCUGUCCAGCUCAGCUCUCCAGGGGGAGUAACUCCUGCUGCUCCCUAGGCUUGCUGCACUGGGGCAAAAGAGAAGGGGCUUUUGCCAAGUCCUCUGCCUGUAACACACCAUAUCCUUUGCUGCUGACGUGAUCUUUUUAACAGUCCCUUAUUCAGAACUGAUAUGACUUGAUUUGGGGGCGGGGGGAAGACGCAGCAGCAAACAGCGCCUUGUCCUCUGCCUGGUGGGAGCGGUCACUGUAGGUGACAAUGGAGUUGAUCUGAGCACGCGGACUGUAGGUGACAAUGGAGUUGAUCUGAUUUUUCCCUUAGGCCCGGCCCUGCUUUAGCUGCAUGCAGGCUGGAGGAGAGACCUGUGCCAGUCGCUGUUGGGAUCAGCCACUUUCUCCGCUAUUGAUGUUCGGUUCCUCAGACUGUGGCUGGUGCCGACGGAGCCCCCACCUGCUGGGUGAAGGGCUGGGCUUGUCGUCCCAGAGGCGUGAUUGCCACCUUUCCCGCAGCGCUAGGUGCCGGGAGAUCGCCCUGUGCCAUGCUCUGGCACUGGCAGCAGGUGAACAAGGGGCUUUCGCUCUUUGGGCCGGAAGGCGGGGAGGCCACAGACAAUGAGGCAGCUGCAUGCCCAGCAUGGGGAGAGGAAACACCUUAGCUGAGCCAGAGGAAGCAGCAGGUCUGAAGCCGGAUUCUCUCUGCUGAUCUUGCAGGAGUUGAACUGCUACGAGUGGGGCUACCGAGUGCUUCUGUCCCCUGGACUGGGGGCGUGUUCACCCGUGUCUGGCUGCUGGGGGGACUGAGCAGUUACGCUUAGAUCCGAGACCAAGGAUCAGUUUGAACAAAGCCAGAGCUCAAUCCCUGGGUGCCAGGCGGAGUAGGGGCUCCUGCACCAGGCCCGGGGGGAACCCGCCCGCCAGCGCCUGGGAGAGCAGGCUGUGUGUGCGAUGGUGCUGCCCCCGCCCAUGUAGCCUUGAAUGCUCAGCUUGCCUUGUGGCGCUGUGAGGACCCCAUCCUCGCUCAGGCCAGUGAAGUGUAGACAGGCGUCUUAGCUAGAAGCAAACAUCUGGGACCACAGGAGACCUGGCAGGGGCAGAGGCCUGGAUCUCUGCCAUGUGCUGGGCACUCAGAUGACUCUACAGGACACUCACCCCCACUAUUUCACAGCUCGAUAAAGCCACAGUCAGUCUCAGUGGAGCCUUUCUCCCAUCCAUGCUGCACCCUCGGCAUAAGGUGUCCUCUCUGCAGUGGAUUCGGGCCGUGCCCCUGUUCCAGAUUGUGCUGGGCUCCCCGAUGCUGUUCUGUGACAUGCACCUGUCUCUCCUGUCACAGGCACCCUCCCGCUAGCAGUCCAGUACCUGCUGGAUCGAACGCUCGGGGAGGCAGACAGUGCAGCCGCUGAGCAGCCCCACGCUUCAGCCAGCUCCCUCGGCUUUAAGAUGAGAGCUGCACUUCUCAUCUCCCUGGGUCGGGUGCCCUUUGGAGUGACUGAGUAACGAGCAUGUCUAGCAGGACGGCCAAUAACCUGGUAAAGGAGCCGCCCCCAAGCGCACUGGGUAGAGCUGGCCUUGUGGAGCGCCCUGUAGUCGGGAGAUUAGCCCAGUCCAGAACUUCUCCCCAGUACCCCACGCUCCUCACUCAGUGCCUCAGCCAGUUUGUCCUACUGAGCUGUGUGUUUGUGUGGAGAGAGAGCCUACAUGUGGUCUUCCACAGUGCCCACUGGCUGCCCCCUGGCCCAGUGUUCCUCAGAGCUGGUAUCUGAGAUCAGGCCCCCUAGCAGGUGUAAAGCUGUUUAUUUGCCAUCCUGAGCCCUCCCCCCGAGAGCAGGUGCCCACGGCCAGCUCCUCUUCUCAGUGUAUCAUUUCAGUUGGGUUGAUCUUUGUGUAUAUUGGGUUAUUUUAAGUUGAUCUCUGUUAAAGGCAAUUGCUCCUGUCUUUUUAACGAGCUGCUCUCGUUUGAGCCGGUCACUUAGGGCCAGAUUUUAAAGCUAUUUAGGUGCCUAAGUUGUGUUGAUUUCAAUGGGAGUACGGCACCACACAUCUUUAAAAAUCUGGCCCUUAGUGUCCAUUGCCAGCAGUACGGGAGGCAUUUUCUGCCUGGCUGGACUGUCCAGCAUAGACAAAUUGCACUCCUCCAGCACUUCAUGCUAGUUCCUGGUACGGGAUGUCCUGACGCCCAGCUGAGCCCGGGCAGAGUUCUGUGGGGUGGCACAGAUGAGCAGCGUACUGGUAGUUGGUGUGAUUUAGGGGAGCGUCCGGAGAGUCGACAAUGCGGCCUGCAGGUUCCUUCUUCAAUAUGGAGAUGCAGCCUAUAGCAACUCCCCGUCUGGGUAUUCAGCGCGCUCUCGGGGCUGCACACGGCGACUGGACAUCUUUGCACACUGGGGCUUGUGGUCUCUGCAGGUAACGGCUGAUCUCGGCUCUGGUUUAUGGAAGAUGGGCGUGCCCCCGUUUUCAGCGCGGCCUUUGGCUGGGCGCUCCAUGCAGUCGUGUACAUCGAAAGGCGCUGUUUGAGAGGUGGGGAGGUUGUGCAUUGCCUGGAAGUGGGGGUGAUGGUGGCGACUCUCCCUCAGCUCCUGCCCUGAUCGGUGGCUGGCAUGUCAGGCUGAGCGCAGGGUGGUGCUGGGGUUCUAGCCUCUCGUGGACCUGGCCCCAUUCGUGCCAGCAGUGAAUCCCUGGGAGAGCUGCAGAGGCUGGGGCCGAAGUGAAACAGGCUGCAAGUGCCCUUGGAAGGAGGGAAAACUGCCAGGGCGGUCUGAGGGCAGAGGAAGGCUGGCUGCAUUUGGGCUCUGUCUCAGACAGGAUGCGCUUGAGGAAGCAGCCUCUCCUCCCCCCACCCCACCAACGCACUUUUGUCAGUUGUGUAGGUAGGUUGACUUCCCUGCAGCUGCUGUUUCCUCUCCUGCUGGGGGGCGGCAGACAAGAACUUGGGUGACUCUUAAAGCGGCAGCUUGGUGGGACCGCCGUUGUUUCUCCAGAUGCAGAGCAUUGGGAGGUGGGCGUUGAGGCUGAUGGUGGAACUAGGUUCAGAUCAACUGUUCAGUGAGAGAUCUCAAUACUAAACGUAUCUGGAAGCCAAGGAGCAACUGCGACAAGGGUGUUACCCCACGGAGCAGGCAGCAACGGUAGGUGGUUAUACAGGGCAGGCCUGGGUUUUGGCAGGUGGCUUAACGGAGCUGAGAGUGCAGGAGCUCUAGAGGUGGUAAAGUCCAUGUAAAGCAGAGACACUAGCAUGAAUAUGCCAUUUCUGCAUCAGAAGGAUGGUGGGAUCAAAGCCCAGGGCACCUGUAGCUUGCCCAGAACUGACCUGUUGCAUGUGCCUUAACUUGAGAACUGACAGUCAGGGUCUGCUUUGUGAGCAUACUUUGACCCCCCCCUGCGCCGAGCUGUAUUCUGUCUAAAUGCCCAGCCCAGCGAUCAGCUGCCCUCCUGUUUGUCACAUGCACACCCAGUGCCACCUCCUAGCUUUCAGCCUAAUAACGCUGCUAUACGCCACUGAUGGCUGGCAAACUCCAGCUGGCUCCGAACUUGGCACGUGCUGUGGCUGACAAAAGCCGAUCCCGUCCUAUGAACGGCAGGAUGAUGAUUCUCACUGUCCUACAGCCGUCAAAUCCCUCCUUUAGUGUCAGCCGCGCCUGGUCUGAGACCUGGCACUACUGUCCAGACCCUUGGUGGUGGUGGCUGACGGACCGAUUCCCUCCCAUGUGCCGGCUCUGACCCAACAGAACAGGACCUUCUAUGUUUUGUUUUGAAGCACUUUAACGUUGUGGGGUGUUUCCCUGGUGGCUAAGCCUCUGGGUGGUUUCUAGAAGCACUGAUUCCAUUUCGAAAGACAGUGAGUGGAUUUGUGGGUUUUGUCCCCCUUCACGGUGGGACCUUUCUCGCUGAGACGGGGACCCCGCCUGGGAAUUCAAGACAGCGGAGGGUUUUAAUGCAAAAUGAUGCACAACACUAAUGAAGCUGCUACUGACCUAUUUGCCAAGCUAUUACAGUACUUACACUUAUUUACAGUGGUAACUGUGUGUGUACAAGCUCUUUGUAAAUACAGAGAAGGGUCAUGAUACAAUGUACAUGAUAUUCAAUUGGAUUCCUCUCUGCUGUGUUAUUGUACAGCAUAACAACAACAAAUGCCGUCCCUAAUAAACUAAGUUAAUAAACGCA